GGAUAAACACAGAUGGAGACCAGAAGUACCUGACUAAGUUUCCUGUUCCCCCAGCCUGGCCCAGUCAGCCAACAGUUUCCGGUGACAGUCCACACACGCAGACAUGCCUCUUGCCAAAGAUCUGCUGCACCCCAGCCCCGAGGAGCAGAGGAGGAGCCACAAGAAAAAGCGUCUUGUGCAGAGUCCUAAUUCUUAUUUUAUGGAUGUCAAAUGUCCAGGUUGCUACAAGAUCACCACCGUGUUCAGUCACGCUCAGACUGUGGUGUUGUGCGUCGGUUGCUCCACGGUCCUCUGCCAGCCCACAGGAGGGAAAGCUCGCCUGACAGAAGGAUGCUCAUUCAGGAGGAAACAGCACUAGCUUGACCAGACGCGUUUGGACACACUUGAGAUGGGAGAGUAAGAACUUGAUGGACAUCAAGUGACACUGCCACAGAACUGAUGCUGGGAUGAAGAAAUGGAAAUACAAAUCAUGUAAUGAGGUGUCACCUGUCUAUGGCAUAUGGAGAGAAAUUUAUGGCCUUGUUCAGACCCUACAUACACCUUCAAUCCAUGAGUUCUUCCAAAUAAAUUUGGGGUUUUUGAUGAAAUAGUCUUGCAUUCCUCUUAUCUGGUUUCUUUCUCUUUGUAUCUGUAAAAGGCCGCGUUGAUCCCAUCUAGACAUUUGGCUUAAAAAUGUAUACGGUAAAGAUCAGGUUUUCCCAUCAAGUGCUUUAAUUAAACACACUUUUACAGGAAUGGGGAGGGGUCAAAGGUUAGACUCCACUACACAUCACUAUAGAUUUCUUACUCUUUGUAAACGCUCGACCAUUUCCAGAAACGGAAACACACUGUGGCUGAAAAUGCAAACGACACCUAAGAGACUGUGUUUUUACCAUGUAAUAACAGCACUUUGCAUAAUUGGGUAUUGAUUGAUGUGUACAGUAUAUCUGUAGGUAAAUAUGAUGGUGAAGUCAUUCUGGUAAAUAAGGUGGUCAACGAUGUCCCCAGUGACCGGGUGGGUGCGGGGUCCGCUCUUUGGGGAAAAAACCUCGUUAGCCCUGUUUCUGUAACGCAAACACAGAAGGAUGUGACACUGAAUUACUUUUUAAUGAUGAGUUCAGUUGUGAAUCUGCGUGUGCCGGCAGGCUUCCUGUGGCAAACAUGUGAGAUGAAUUCCUUUGAAGCUGCGGGGAAUGCCUUUGGAAGAGAGAAUAGCAUGAGGGAUAAUUUCUAAAAGACCUGUGACCUACAGUUAUUCACAGCUUUGUUUAGGCUGUUUGCUGCCUCUGACAGCAUUGAGUUGUACAGUGAAUAAAGAAAUCACGGGAGGGAGUGAUUCAGUGAUAUUUAACCAGUUGCUAUGGUUGCUUGUGUCUUGCUUGUAUGUUGGACUUUGCUUACCAAUAAAAUCAUAAAUUAUGAAAUAUGA